AUGAUUUGCUUAGAGAUAAACACUUUAAAAGAUUGGAUUGAACACGUUGUUAAUAAUCAAAGACCUGUGAUUGUUAGUUUUUUUGCUGAAUGGUAUAAUUGUAUAUCAAAUAAAAUUUAGGUGUGCCCCAUGCCAUAAGCUUAAUCCUUAGUUAAAAUAAGAGGUUGAAAAGAAUCCUGAAAAAUGGUAACUUGCUUUGGUUAAUGUGAACAAUGAGGAACUUUAUGAUGUAGUGUAAUAAUUUGCGGUACAAGUUAUAUGUGAUUAUUAUUAGAUGGCAUAAGUUCCUUCAGUAUGUUUAUUUAACAUGGGAACUUAAACAGAUUUAAUGAAGGGUUAUAGUGAGCGCAAGAUUAAGUCAUUUUUAGAAAAGAUUAGAUGCUGA